UAGGAAGAAGGCGAGGGGAACGGUUGGAUCUUACCUGCCGGGCAUCUCGUCUCUGGUUGGCUAAACAGAUUGGGAAACGCCAGACAGAUCAGGAGGGGAGAACUUCACCCGGAGCAAUUGAUUUGGACUUAAACUCUUUCUCCUCGUAAACCAACACCAUCGCUGUAUAAUCAGAAUAUUGAUGGAGAAAGAAACCACAUUUUCUAGUACAGGCCUUAUACAUGUUCCUUUUGGACACAUUGUUGGAUGUGAGAAAUGGCGAGGGUCUCAGUUAGCCCAAGAAAUGCAAGGGAAGAUUAAGCUUGUCUUUGAGGAAGACUUGACACUAGUGGAUUUUCUCCUUUCUAAUAGAUUCUGUAUUCUUUAUAUUACUGAAGCAGAUCUGGUGGCAGGAAACUGCUAUAAAAAAAGAAUUGUUCGACUUAGAAAUGCCAGUAAUGUUCAUGGGAUUGUAAUAGUUGAAAAAACACAGAUGAGUGAACAGUACUUCACAGCAGUACAGAAAUUCGUUGUGCUGGAACUUGGAAUGGCAUUGCUUCCGGUGUCCAGCCAAAUGGAAGCAUCCCAGCUUAUUAUCCAACUGGUCCAUGAACAAACCAAAGAGCGCAAUAGGAAUCCUUUUCUUAAAAAGAAAAGCUGCCAGCUCUCUGAAUCAUCAGUACUUCAAACAGUACAGCAGAUACCAGGAGUUGGAAAGGUGAUGGCCAUGCUUCUGCUGCAGGAGUUUGAAAGUAUUCAAAAACUAUGUAGUGCAUCUAUUCAAGAACUUGAACAAGUAGUUGGACAUACACUAGCAGAAAAAAUGCAUACGUUCUUUACCCAGGCAAGGUGACGGCAUAAUCCUACAAUACUUGUUUGUCCUCCAGCAUCACCAAAUCUCAGAUUGUGCUUUUUUUUACCUAUGUUGACACCAGAGAAUUUACUUUUUCAUCUUGUAUCAAGUAUUGAAAGAAAAGAUCAACUGAGAACCAUAAUCUCUACACUCAUGUUUUAAUCAAAACUAGCUAAACAGGCAGUGCUGCUCUUUGACCACUUGUCUAAUGAUGUUUUUCUGAUUCUUAGGAUGAUCAAAACUUGAAUGCAAUAUAUCUUAUUCUUUCAAAAUUUACAUCAGUUUCAAUUUUUUAAAAUAAUUAAAGUUUAAAGGAAAUUCUUAAGUAAUGAUAGGACCUUGACUGUAACAUCAACUUUCUUGGACUUCAUCUGACAUUUCAGAUGGUUGUUAAAGUCAGAAGCUAUAGUUGGUGAAAUGUUAUGUAUCACAGAUGUACUGAGGUAUUAUAAUGUGGCUGGUCUUCAGUUCUGGUCAAUGUAACUGAGGAUUAAAGGACUACAACUUAAAUCUUUUGGUGCCUUAUGAUAAUAAGCAUUUCAGUCAAGGUUAAACAUCUAAAUAAAUCUUGAAAGGAAAAAAAAAUUGAAGAGAAGAAAAGAUAGAUUU